GCCACCAGAUGGCUCUCCAGCCCACCAGGGUCUCCACCAGCCAGCCAGCCAGACUGCUCAUUCACUUGUCUGGUUCUGCCUGUGACACACGUCUCUGCUGCCCGCCGUCUGCUUCUUCACACACUCAGAAAUGUGCGACAAGCCUGAGAAUUGCGCAAUUUGUAAAAACAAAUUCGAUGAACCUCUACGGAGGCCGCGAAAUCUGCCUUGUGGCCAUACAAUCUGCUCACAAUGUGCUAGAGCUAUUCUACUGAAGGGUCUGUUCUUUUGCCCAAGCUGUCAUCCUGAGCGCAGUGUCGCAGCUGAUGCUCAGUUGCCAGUUAACAGUGCGGAGGCCAUUAUCACGAAACAAACUGAUAUUAGGCCGACGUCGGUGGCACCAGAAUCUGUUGAACCGCAAGACAAUUCAAUUAAAGUCGGCGAAAGUUUACGGUUGCAGGUGGAGCAGCAAAAGCUCAGAUUGAACCAGUUAACAGAACGUUGUGACAAACUAGUCACAAGUUUGGGAGAGUACCGGUCCCUGCUGAGGCACUGGGGGAUUAAACACUACCGACUUGAGGAGGGACUCUCUAGCCUGUUGGAACAGAACAACGCGGCGAUGAGACUGCUGGAGCAAGAGAUUAAAAGAGGGACAAACUUGGCAAGAGUAGGCCAGGAAACAAGGCGGCAGCUACAAGAGUUGAUGGUGCGCCUCGACACGCUAAACGCUGCACAAGAGGUAUACGUGGUCAUAAAGGACAUUGAUAAAUGUAAUGUGCGUUUAGAGCAAUGGGCGGCGAAGGGCAAGGAACUAUUCAGGAACGGCCGCACUGUCUUAAUGUCACUUAAGAGGCUGGAGAAAGCGAAGGCUUCCCUGAAGGCAACCUCUGAGAAGCAGGCCGCAGUAGCCCCCGUCAACCAGGAAGAGACUACAGUAGCCCCCGUCAACCAGGAAGAGACUACAGUAGCCCCCGUCAACCAGGAAGACACUCCAGUAGCCCCCGUCAACCAGGAAGAGACUACAGUAUCCCCAGUCAACCAGGAAGAGACUACAGUAGCCCCCGUCAACCAGGAAGACUCCGCCUCCAGCAGUGUGUCUAAAGUUCAGCCAAUUACUGAUGAUAUAUUUGGAGCGCUGUUAACAUUUAGUAUCGAACAUCUUCGUAAUAUCAGCCGGCCUCUCCAGAGCUUGGUGGUGGCUGGCCGGGUCUUCUCUGUCAAGGAAUUUCAUGGCGGGUUUUACUCGGCAAGGAUAACAUCACGAGGAGGAAAAAUGUAUCUUCAUGCAUUCGAGAAGCAGCCUCUGACCGCUUUUCCUGCUACAUUCAAGGACAGAGACAUUGCGCAGUUGCUGGACCACUCCUCCACCAUGGCGUGUCAAUUCACUGGACGUGACAGAGCUGCAAUGGAAGAGGUCGAAAUAUGCACCAGUCCUGACACUGCACUGGGCAAACGGUUCAUAUCGCUUCAUACUGGUGAGGUUCAUCAAGCUGGAGGGACUGAAGAACACGGAGAGUAUGUGGUAGUUGGGGAAUACGACAGGUUGCCUAAUGAUGACACACAUGAUCCACGACCCGCCGUGGAAGGGCAGCAUGGGAAGCCACCCAUGGAUUGGGUUGUGUACGCAUGGGUGCGGCCGGACACUGGAAACUGGUUGCAGUUCGGGAUCUCGCUUAAUAACUGCCCGAUGCCUGACACAUCUUCAGCGAAUGUAAUUGAUGGGGCGGUGGGAGGUCCGGAUGUGUUGAAGACGGCUGCUCGGGCCACUGAUCUCCCAGAGGUGUUGGUGCUCGACCGUGGUAUUGUGCUGCCAUUUUAGGUCUACACUGCUAUCCUACUUACCAGCAAUGUCACCACAAUGCUUCAUCCUUUUAUUUGUAAUUCAAUUUUGUUGGGACUCGCAAAUGUAAUAGUUUUAUUCCAGUUUACACAAUGGAAUGACGUAGCGAGUGGAUUUGUAUAAAAUAAAACGGUGAUUUAGUACAUUGUAUAGGCCUGCAAUGUAAUUUAUAUACGCUUAUGUAGCACAGCUCAAAGGAAGGCUUUCAACAUCUCUCCUUUGUUUACAGCUGUUAGGUAUUGUCAGACAUAUUAAAACUCCUGCAGGAAAUUCCAAAUUGUAAUACUUUUUCUUUCUUGGUCUGGGUUGGUUCCAUUGCAUCCAUAUUAGUGUAAUGUAACUAUUUAGUGUAAUCUUCUCUAUCACUAUUAUUAACACUAUCACCAGCCUUAACUGUUUUAUCACCACCACGCCUUUUUUUCACCAUAGCCGAUGUCACCUUCAGUGACGUCAUCGUUAAUUAUCAGCUGUUGGUCACACAUCACCAUCGCAUCUGCUUUACAGCUGUUCUUGUAUGUCCUUAAAUUCAUUCCUGCCUUUGAAUCCCUCGCCAUUGUCGCCCCCUAACACUCGCCUGUCAGGCGGGUCCCACAACCGGGCAAGUGACCAUACCCAGCAAUAAAUAUUUUAAGUUCCUAAUGACAUUUAUGGCUAGAUUUUAAUAUGUAUUUUACACAAUAAACCGCUCCGUGGUGUAGCCUUGGCAUGGUGA